UAGGGUUUUCUCAGCAGCAGAUGAGAGCAGUGAUCACCUGGAGCCUGCUAGCCUGCCUGCCUGCAGCCGCCGCGCAUGCGCCCGGGCCCGGAGCGCGAGCUUCCCAGGGCAUCAGCGGCUGCAGGGAGUGAGUGGGGGAGAGAGAGAUACAGAGACAGAGAGGAUAUAUUAUACAGAAACUUGGCCGGCGCUGGCUGAAAGCAAAAGCAGGUUCUGGUGCUUUGGUGGAUGGAUGAACAAUGAUAAAAUAUGAGUACUCCGGGACACUAUGCUCUUCGGUGGAUUGUAUGUAGAAAAUCCGGUGAAUGAGAUGAGUUUAUCGGCAAAUGUUGGAACAAUGGCCGUGAAUUAGCCCCAGCCUUGAACGACCUUACAAGGGGGUGGAAAAAGCCGAAAUUAUUUUUUCUUCUCUUGGAUUACAAUGCAAGUGAUGAGUUGCCUGUCGUUUGUAAAUGACAAAGAGAAUGCCACUUCUCCAUCAGUCUCCGGUUUGAUCACUGAAGCACCAACAGCAUCGCCUUCACUUCCAGCACCUCCUCCUCCUCCACCUCCACCUCCGCCCCCACCUCCACCACCUCCUCCCCCUCUACCGCCUGGACUUCCCCCUCCGCCACAUCCAGCAUCGGGCUCCCGGGCCGGGCACCAAAAACGAAUCCGCAGUUUCUUCUGGAAGACCAUCCCCGAGGAGCACAUUCGUGGAAAAACAAAUAUUUGGACCAUUAGCGCAAAAGAGCACUCAUACAAGAUUGAUACUCGGACUAUUGAGGAGCUGUUUGGUCAGAAAGAUGACGCUAAAAAUAAAUUUGGCACGGCAAAUUCAAGAUCCUCAUUUAAAAGCAGCAGCAAAGAGAUUAAUAUUUUAGAUUCAAAAAGAAGCAUGAACAUUGGAAUAUUUCUGAAACAAUUCAAAAGGUCAAAUCAGUGUAUCAUUGAAGAUAUUCGGACUGGAAGGAGUGGGGCUUAUGGAUCUGAAAAACUGCGUGAACUGCUCAAAAUAUUACCAGAAGCAGAAGAGGUAAAAAAAUUACAAGCCUUCAAAGAUGAUGUGAACAAACUGUCACUGGCAGAUUCCUUCAUGAUCCUAUUGAUACAAGUCCCAAGCUAUGCUCUUCGGAUGGAAGCCAUGAUCCUUAAAGAAGAGUUUACACCUGCCUGCUUCACAUUACACAAGGAAAUGGAUACAAUGCAGACAGCCACUAAAGAACUGAUGGCCUGUGAAGAACUUCAUGCAGUUUUACAUUUGGUUCUACAGGCGGGCAACAUCAUGAAUGCUGGAGGUUAUGCAGGAAAUGCUGUGGGGUUCAAGCUAUCUUCAUUGUUGAAACUAGCAGACACAAAGGCAAACAAGCCAGGAAUGAACUUGCUGCAUUUUGUCGUUCUGGAAGCACAAAAAAAGGAUGCAACUCUUUCAACUUUUCCCGAAAAGCUGAAACAUGUUCAGGCAGCAGCCAGAUUGUCCAGUGAUAGCGUUAAUGCCGACCUACAUUCACUUGACAGUAGAACAAAAUCGAUGCAAAUACAUCUAAAGCAAGACGUUGACCUAUUUCAUCAAAUGGAGGAUUUCAUUCAGCAAGGUUUGGGAGAAGUGGACAGAUUAGAGGCACAACGGAUGGAAUUGCAGAGGGAAGCCAAUACCCUCAUUGAUUUCUUCUGUGAAGACAAAGAAACAAUGAAAUUAGAAGAAUGCUUCAAAAUUUUCCAAGACUUUUGUGAUAGAUUCAAAAAAGCUGUCAAGGAAAACAGAGACAGAGAAAUUAAGGAACUCUGUCAACAACAAAGGCAAAAGGAAUUGGAUGAGAAACGGCAUUCGUGGGCUGCUGGUGAACGGAGUAUCUUUGGAAGGAGUAGUAGCGAAAAUGAUGUGAAACUGCUCAUCAAGGAUGGACUACAUGACCUAAUAGCUUUCACUCAUCCGAGAUCUCAAAGCCCCGGGAGUGUGAAGAGAACUAGAAGCAGACGUUUGCGCUCAUCGGAAGGUGCUGCUAUUGACAGCCAUUUAUUGUCAUUUUUGCAGGCUGCACAUACAGAAGAACAAGCUAAGUCAAACAGUAUCCCUCGUUCUGUUGCACGUAGCUCUAGACAGAGGGUAGCCUGGCAAAAGAUGUCAGAAACCCACGAUGGAAGCUUAGAUAGUGCCCACUUUGACUCCAAUCAGGGCUGUGCUCAUACCACAGUUAUAAAAGACAGCUAUCUCUGCUUGGCUUCAGCUGAGCCAUGCACUGCUAGGAAUACAGAGACCGCUCCUACAGAGAACUUCACAAAGACUGAAAGUGCAGUUGGUCAGCAUGAACAAGAUGCCUACAAUAACAAUGAGAAUAUAAUAAAGGAUAAUGCCCACACAAAGUAUACAGACCUCACAAACCUUAACCAGAUGAUCGCCUCCGAACAGCAGCUUGAGCUUCUUGAAGGUUUACAGAUUUUCAAUUGCACCAGUGCCACUGACUCUAGCCAAGUGACGACCUGUGAUGAUGUUACACUAACCGACCUGGAGUACAGCGAAGACCUGAGUUUGCAUACUCCUACUACAGAUGUGAGUUUGUCGACACCGAGUACUGAUGUGAGUGUGCAGACUCCCAGUACAGAUGUGGGCAUGCAAACUCUCAGUAUAGAUGUGGGUGUGCAGACUCCCAGUACAGAUGUGAGUGUGCAGACACCUAGUACAGAUGUGAGUGUACAAACUCCUAGUACAGAGGAGAAUCUGCAGACUACUGAUACAGAUGUCAGUGUGCAGGCCUGUGACACAGAUAUGAGUCCCCUGAUGCCUAGCACCAGUGUAGGCAUUCAGACAUCCUCUAGCUCUGAUUCUGGUGCAUUUUCUGGCCUGGUCUCGAAGAUAUUUGAUGGUGAGUCUUACUGCUUUACGGAUUCUCGGUCAUUACCACAGAAAAUAAAGAAUACAGAAGGCACUGAAGUAUCCAUCCAGAGUUCAGAUGCAGCGAAUAACUCUGUUUUAAACAAGGAAAGCAGAACGGUGUUUUUUGUUUUGGGAUAUACAGGAGGUGGAGAUUGUUCUGAACCUUCAGAGCAAUGUGAAGUCAAAGCUGCCUGCCAGAAAAUCCAAGUAGAAUCACAACACCAAUUUAGAAGCCCUAAAGGAGAUCACACUGAAGUUUCUAAUGAUUUGUCGGACAAUUCUCUCAUUCCCAUUACCAAAAAUAUAACCAUUAAUAAUGGCCGUGCUCUUGAGGCAGCCUCGGAGACAAUGAACUUACCAAAGGUAGCAAAGCAGAUUUGCAGUUUAAAGCAGCCUAGUAUGGUUAGAGGGGAAGCAUUGCCCACUCCAAAAUCAACUUUGCAUUGUUUGAGCAGUCCAGUUCCUCCUAAAACCUCAAGGACAACAAACCACCCUAAUAACGAGGAAAUGAGGAGGGUUUUGCCAAUAUCAAAGUCAAGUAGAAGAUCCAACAGUGUCAGAAGACCAGAAGCAAAAGCAUUAAGUAAUGAUGAACAAAAACACUCUCAUAAGGCUUCAGGGUCAAAGUGGCGAGACGGUUUGUCAAAGACUCCUCGCAGGUCCAGCUAUCCAGUGGCAGAACAAAAGCCAACAAAAGAGACUGCUGCUUUGGCAAACGCAUCUAAUAGCAUUGCAAAGCGUAAAGACUCCCUCAGAAAACCUGCCGCUAAGCCAGUCCGAAAUCUCCCCAAGCCAAAGCCCGAUGAAAGCAGUAAGAUUUGUCGCUCAGUUACAAGAAGCUUCCCCAGGCACAGCACAAAUACAGGCGGAACAACAGAGUCCACGGGAGGAAAUAGCAAUUCAGCCUCACCAAUGCUUACUCCCAACUUUGCCAGAAACACUGUGGCCUCUUCCUCUCGACGCCAGAGGACAGAUCCCAGACCGAUUCCCAGCACGUCUCCGCAGCCCGCCAAAGCAACAAACCUCACCAGAACCUCUUCGCAGAGGCAGUCUACGCCCAAGCACGUUGGGACAAACCAUACAAAGAGCAGUGAAAAUACCAGCAUGAAACGGCCAAGUACCCAAAAACUGGGGAGCAAGACCGAAGAGGAGGAGAAGGCACCAACAUGCAAAACACAGUCCACCUACACAGGCGACAACACUUCGCAAACAUCAACCGAAAAGAAACACCUUCCAGCCACAGAUUCCAUUAGAAGCAAGAAAACGCCAGAAAGAUCAUCGAAGUGGAAGUAAAAUGUUUUAUUGAUUACGUAGAGCUUAGGGCAGUAGCAAGUUAAAAUCUUUGUAGACCUUCCCGAAUGGAAGUUCUCCCUUUGUGUGCCUGCAGUUCGAUUUUCCAUUGGUGUGUAUUGGUGUUCUGCAUUGGUCAAACAUGCCGGGUCUUGCCGGCAAGAAUCAGUUACCCUUUGUGAACCAUCCUUUGUGGCACCAAGAAAUGGAGCAGGAAACUGCCAGGACCAGCUCUGCCUUUUAGACAUGAAUCUCCUGCCAUUCAUUCACAAAUUCAUUGAUGUACAGAAAAAGCCUGUUGGCCUUAUCGCAUCUAAACAUGGCAGCAAGAGGCAGAGAUUGGAGAUCCAGUGGGGGGGAAUGAUAAUUGAAUUUGGAAAUAAUAAUCCCAUUCGACAGAGGCCGAACCAGAUCUCAGCAGCGUUUGGUAAAGUUGCGACGUAUUUGCUAAUUCCUCAGGAAGAAGUACCGAUCCGUGGUAUUUUCAGGAUUAAGUGUGAGUGCUGCUUCUCCGUGAUGGAUUUUGAUCCAUUCCAUGAAAAUGUCAAGAAGCUAAGCUAGCUUUAUAUCUCUCUGCAGCUGGUGAAUGUAUCUUUUUAAAAUGUCAAGAUUAAAUCUUCAAAUUUUUAGAAGAUGGCUAUUUAUAGUUAUGGUGGGCUCCUACUUUCUUUUUAAGGGAGGAAAGUACUGGUGCUAAGGAAUAGAAAUGUAUAGAGAAACUAGUGGACGAAUGAGUGGGCUGGAGUUUCCACUUGAUUACAUAGUUGCAGCACAAUAAUUUAUUUUUUGUAUUGUGAUAUGAAUAAUGUGUAUAAAUACACAGUGCAUAGCAUAUUCUGUACAGUAUUGGUAUAUCUUAGUUAAACUCCAUGGACGGGAUAACUAUUGUGUUCAGUCACUUUCACCAAGGGCUCAUUACGACUAUAGAGAUUGGAACCAAGGGUCGAAGGGACCACUAUAUGUAGCUGGGACAAGUCAAUAUGAAUUGAUACUUUUUCUGGUCGCCCCUAUGUUGGAGGAGUCACAUGAGUGCAAACCGAUGAACAUUGUAGAGUUCUUACUCUGAAACACAACGAUAGUCCAUUCGAUGUCGAAUGUUGGCUGGUGAAUUUUGAACACAGGCAGUGCCAUGAAACAGCCGCACACUUUGUAGUUAAUGAUAUCCUUAUAUUGAAUAUUGUGCUAGUAUGCAUAUGGGGAUGUUGCACUGUUUCUUCAGCAGUUGGCUUUUUACUGAUCUCAUUAAACAUGAAAGCUGCUCGUUUGUCUGCAACUGCUUUGUUAGGCCUGUGCCUGUCCGAGCAAUGGUGUAUAGGACAUUUCCUGCUCUCGUUCUAUAGUGUUUUUUAUGGGGCUAUGUUACACCCAAAUUUCUCUCCAGGUGGUACUUUAACCUAAAAAAAUAUAUAUUUUUGUUAGAUAUGAGAUCAUUAUAUCUCUUAACAGCCACACAUACUGCCUGUGAAACGGACAAGACUGAAUGUGGGUGGUACUGCUUCUGAAGCUGCCCCAUUUACUUGAGAUGAAUGUUUUUUUACUAUUGGCAGAUUAAGGAAUUCCAGUCUCUUAUUGUUUGUAAUUCAAUUAGCAUGGGGUGUUACUACACAUCCGCAAAAGUGUUAGAGUUUAGUGUAAUAUAACAAGACUGAUUUACCUCCUGAAGAGGUCAAUUUUAAAGUGUCUAUUUUUUUUCGUCUUCAUAAUUUGGUCAUUUGGAUUUGAGGAUUGAAUUUGGCUUCAUUGUCCAUUCCACCCCUUGUCUAUUGCGCCCUCUGGUGGCAUUGUGUAACAUAUCUAUGGUAAUUGCUUUCUUUUACCGUUCCAUCUGCAUCCACCCUCAUUAACUAUUAAACGGCUCAAUGGACGUUCAAAUUUUAAGAUCACCUUACAUUUGUAAACAAAAGUGAUGUAUCUCUGUAAAUUGAAAUGAAGUGUUGUAGUAUUUGCACGUUCCACAUAACUCCUGUUCAGUCAAGUAUUAAAAGUCAGUUCUGUCCCAUCAAA